AUGUCUUCAAUUGCAUCGCUCACAGCUCGCCGAGCCCUCGUCGCUCGCCCAGCUCUUCUUUCGCGCGCCGCUCCCGUUCGCCGAUUUGCCAGUGCGAAUACUGAGCAGUCCAACCUGCCCAAAGCUGGCAAGCGCGAUCCCGAGCUUUACGUUCUUCUCGGUGUCAUGUCCGGUGCUUUCAUGCUUGCUGGAUGGUUCUUCGGUCGCAAGCCCACCUCCGUAACCUCCGAAAGCAACGUUCGCAUCGGCGAAUCCGCCAUGCCCUGGGAGGGCGACAACGAAGGCAAAGUCUUCAAAUACCAGUACCACCCUCACGGAGACAAGAGCCAGCCUCUCCGCAACGCUCCCAGUGCUUUGAACACUGUCAUUGUGCCCAAUGUUACUUUGCCUGAGGAUCUUCAUGAGAAGUUCAACAAGUACGGAAAGGAGGAAUACGACUACUAA